GAGGCGCGGGGAGUCCCGCAGUGGCGGUUCUUUCUCCUGGGGACAAACAGCUUUUAUUUCCUGCGAUGCGUUGCUCGCAGAGCCCGCGGGGGGGGGGCGGUAGCCGCGGGGUGCUGAGGCCGUGAGGGGGGUCCCGCUCUGCCCGAACCCGCCCCGGCAGCAUGUGGUCCGCUGAUGGCAUCGCCGAGCUGUGCUACCUGCACUACAGGACUCGGCUCCCGAAGCAGGGGAAGCCGGAUCCGAACAGGGAGUGGACGUCGCUGGCGGCUGUUGUCAAAGUGGAGCCUGCAGCCCGAAGCGAGGUUCUUGCCGGUGCGGGGGCUCUGCGGGAAACUAUGGAAGUUGUUGCUCUGGGAACUGGAACAAAAUGUAUUGGCCAAAACAAAAUGAGAAAAACUGGAGACAUUCUGAAUGACAGUCAUGCUGAAAUUGUGGCAAAGAGGAGCUUUCAGAGGUAUCUUCUCCAUCAGAUGUGGUUGGCAGCUUCCCAUCAGCAAGGCAGUAUUUUUAUUCCAGGAACUGAAAUUGGGAAAUGGAAACUCAAAUCAAAUAUCGUAUUUGUUUUCUUCUCCAGUCACACCCCCUGUGGAGAUGCUUCUAUUAUUCCAAUUAAUGAACCAGAGAACCAGCUUACUGAGCCACUAACUGCAGAUGAUGCAGCUGGACAGUCAGCAGAGUGUAGGAGUCACCAGGAUCAUUUGGGUCCAGCAGAUAAAAGGAAAUCAGAGGAAAUGGCAAGCGAUCCUAUAAUCAAGAAAAUGAAAACUGACAAUGAUGUUUAUUUUUCCCCAACCACUGAAGACCUGGCUGUUCAGGAAGUAACUGAAGCAGAUCCAAAGAGCUGUGAAUGUUCUGCAGAGGUGCAAGCAGCUAAUAAGGAGACUGACUUAGGGAGACCAAAGGUAGUAGAUGUUCAUAGAACCGGAGCAAAAUGCGUGCCUGGAGAGCUGGAUGAUGCCCGAUUACCUGGGCUAGGGUAUCACUGCGUGGGAUUGUUACGAGUGAAGCCAGGACGUGGGGACAGAACGUGCUCUAUGUCCUGCAGCGAUAAACUGGCUCGCUGGAAUGUGUUAGGGUGUCAAGGAGCUCUUCUGAUGCAUUUCCUGCAGCAGCCAGUGUAUCUGUCAGCAAUUGUAGUGGGGAAGUGUCCAUAUAGCCAAGAAGCUAUGCAGAGAGCGAUUAUUGAAAGGUGUCGGCACAUUUCAUUUUUACCAGAUGGUUUUUUCCCUCAGGAGGUUAAGCUGCUGCAAUCGGAUCUUCAAUUUGAACACAGCCGUCAGGCAAUUCAGGAAGUUCAAACUAACAGCAAAACAAAACUUGUUCCUUGUAGCGCAGCUAUAAGUUGGAGUGCAGUCCCUGAGCAACCUCUGGAUGUCACCUCAGAUGGCUUCCGACAGGGAACAACAAAGAAAGCGAUUGGGAGCCAUCAGAGCAGAUCCAAGAUCUGUAAAGUGGAACUUUUCCAUACAUUCAAAAAGCUGGUGUCAAGUGUUUCACAAGAGGAUCUGCCAGACACUCUUAGGAUGAAGACUCUAGAAACCUACUGGGACUACAAGGAAGCUGCGUUAAAUUAUCAAGAAGCCUGGAAAGUGCUGCGUAGCAAAGCCCUGCAGGGUUGGGUCAAGAAUGCCAAGGAGUAUCUGCUCUUCACAUGAGAAUACGUGCAGCGAUGUAAAUCCAGCAAUAAGCCCUGGUGCACAGCACAUAUCUCUGCAAGGGUCAGGAAAAGACGUCCUCUAGUUCCUGUGCUGUGAGGAGACAGGAGUGAAAAGGAAAGCAAUUUAGAGAAGUCUUUAUUUUGGUUGAGUUGAAGACCCAUUUAUAUUGAAAUAUAGAAAUGGGUCAUUGCAGACUUAAAAUUCUGAGCUGCGUGGAACAAGGUGGCUCCAAAAGAAAGGCAGUGGUGAUGUGCAAUCCUUUGUGAGCUGAGGAUAUGAUCCGUUAGCCAUAGCACAUUGCAAUGGGAGCAACGUCAACUGAAAAUGAAGCAGUGCUAUGGGAGAAAGGCUGUAAUUGUGAAAUAUUAAUGCUGCUUUUUUCUUCCACUCUUCAUAAUGUUAUGGCUGGUUUUAUGUUGCUGGGACAACCCUAAUGUAUAGUGAGUGAUAUUUUUAUAACUCUUGGCUCUUUUUGUCUGGUGCCUGGAAGAAUUUUCCAUGUCCUCCAGCCCAAUUGCUUCUAAUUGGAAAUACUAGUUCUGUUAAAGGAACUUUUUUCUGGGAGUCCUUCAUAUAAGCUCCUAUUUACUCAGUUUAGCCAAAGCAGAAGGAAAAGGGUGCUGGGAAUAAGGCUGUGUCAAAUAAUACCACUUGUGAUAUCCUGUGCAUUUCUCUUGAUUUCAGAACUUUGACAGAUGCCCUUUCAGCUGCUUUGCUCCUGUGGGCAGGAAUUACCUGGUUCAGCCCUGUCAGUGCUGUGUAAUUCCACAGGCAAACAUUUACCUGCUUCUCAGUGUUUUGAGCACUGGCCAUCCCCCGUCCCCCUGUGAAACAUGGUUAAUUAAAAGCAGGGAUCCCUUAGCUGUUGGUGUCACUGUUUCCUGGCAAGUGUUCAUUAACAGCCUGGCAAAGGUGGAGAUGCUUUGGGAAGGACUGGAGGUAGUCUCUGGCAGUCUUUGCCUUUACACUUUUUUACCAAAUAACAUCUGCAUGGCAAAACUGUCAACGUUGCGAGGUGAGGGGAAGCAACGGGUAAUUCUCCCUUAAACCAUCUGUCCCAAUUAUUGCCUUCUGUGACCAAGUUCAGGACUGUGUAACUGCUGCUAAGCACGAUUCCCUUCUGCACUGUUUCUGUUGUAAACCACAAUUCAUAAACUAUUUGGACAGUGCGAUGGCAGGGUGAAAGAAAUGGAUAAUUUAGAACUUAGGAUUCUCUAGUGAUUUGAGUUUUUUGUUCUUGGGUGUCUUGAUAUAUUUUUGGAUUUGAAAAAUGGGCAUAGCAGUUCUCCAAACAGCCUUUACAGUCCACCCACGUAUGGGACUGAACAGGACAUGUCACGUUUCAGUUUGAGGUUAGGUUGACUUGUCAAAUAAGAAUAGUUCUCUCUUACUUGUUGAAGAAAUAAUGAAGAACUUGAAUUCUGUGUGUAUGGUCCUGUCCUCUCAAAUCCAGCUCUAAUAUGCAGAAAGAUCGGUUGUAUUGGUGAGGAGGGAGUCAUCGUUGUGUUUGUAGAGGACAGGGGAUUAUGGAGCACGGUAACUUGCGUGAGUUAUUGGAGGAUGAAAGAUGUCUGGAUGCCGUUGCAGUUGGGCUACAGAAUGAACUGCUGAGGAGAAAUGGGAGCAGUUACUGUAAUUGAGGAAACAGGGCAAAAUCCUGUAGUGGACUAAAGAGAUAAUCAGUAAAUUUCCAGGAUCCUGAAACCUUUGUCCUUCCCUGAAAUGCUGCAAAAACUGUAACAUACCUAGUUGCUCUUUGUUAAUCAACAAAGUCUGUAGUGAACCUGCUGACCAGACUGGAAUGUUCCCAUUUCCUAUCCAGCUGCAAUAUUGAAAUGGGUUACACAAGGCUAGUUGUUCUGUAGUCUUGGCAUCAGACUAGUUUUCAGAUGAGCAGUUCUAUGAUGUACAUUCUUUUAACUCUUUACAAAAGUUUGAGCCUGGCUGGGAGGUGAAAUUGUCCCUGGUAAGAUUUUCCUGCACGUUUGUGAAAUACUCGUGAACUGUAGAUGCUGCCUUCUGCUCCGUGUCAGGUUUAACAGGAGUUUUAGAGGUGAACGCUGGUGUCACCCUGGCUUUUUGGAUGGAGCUGAGGAUAUAUUUAAGCAUAGAGUGAAUCAAUAUGUGAAAAGAGGAAAGGAGCUAAAACAAAGCAGAUAAAAGGUUGAAGGACUAAGACUGCAGGAUCUUAUAUACAACUGGAUGGUGGGUUUGGGCUUGAAAGAUAAGUGUUUCCAUGCUCUACCAGUUUAAUUCCAACCCGUCAGGAAAUGCUGUGGGCAGUACCGAGAAACUGCUCUAAAAAAUCAGGAGGGGAAAAUGCAGAGGGAAGAGGUAACACAACCCCUACUUUUGGAAGCGGUAGGAAACUGAACUUUCAUCAUUGGCAGCUGAUCUUUGGAUUAAUUGCUCCUGGAAGGUAGCAGUAGACGUGUUCCAAGCUUGUGUCAUUCCUUGUAUCCUCAGCUGAUGUACUGAAAAACAAAGAUAGAGAAGGUGUAGGGAGGCCGGUGGAAUGCAGAGACUUUGACAAAGGGGAGCAGAGUUGGAGGGGAGUGAAGUAGGGUGAAGGAAUUACCUGCAGCUCAUGGCUAAUGAGUUGGUAAUGGGAGCUGCAGAGCAUAUGAGGGCACUGAGAUUCCUGAGGCAUGUGUAAAAUGCUCUGCGGAGCAUACUUGUGUUACCCUGACAGGUCCUUGACUUUCUUAAAGUAGCACGGGGACCAAUAGUCCCUGUUUGCCAGAGUAAAGAACUGUAACCAUUAUUUUGAGUGGGACGUCUUGAAGAGCUUCACUAUUGUAGCAAUCAUUCUCUUUUCAAUCACAGUAAGAAGGCAGGGCAGACCGCCUGAGUAUCUUUGAGGAAGUCAAAACCAGAGCAUAGAAACAAGUGUUUCUGUUCAAAUGUAGACGUAAACAAUGUUUGAGCUGGAUGCUGCAAUUCCAUGAGACAACAUGCUAGCAUCCCACUGCCUUUGAAAAAGCAAGGUUUUGAUCUUUGCAGUGUGCUUCUGCUGCUCGCCUUACUGAGACUGGAGCGCUUACUGAUCUCAGUAUGCUCAGAGUAAAUUGAGGACUAUUCAGGUUACUAUCUCUGGAAAAAUAAACCAUGAACCCAGAACUUUUCAAUAGGAGGUAAAUCAGCUUUGCAAUAAGCCAAAUAAGCAGCAGAGGAAAGGGAGAGCUAGGGCUGCACUGCUGAGGGCAGAAGGAGGUGGACCCAGGCUUCCUUUCCCUUGUUACAAGCUGUUAGCUGGUUAUGAAACCACACCUGAAGAAAAUGCUUGAGGCGUCAGUAUAGAAAUGAAGUGUGAGUUACUCCUGGGAUGCUACUGCUGGUAAGGAGGAAAGAAAGGUGGUGGAGUAAACCAAUAUUGGGAGCCAGAUGUAGUUGAGGGGCUGAGCAGUUCUUUCUCUCAAAGCAUAACCACCCCAAGAAUCUGAUAAUGUCAUUAUAAGAGGGCUGCAGCAGUGGCUUACAGGUGGAGGCAAGAUAAUUUUUGAGGAAAGACCAUCUAAAUUCAUUUAGAGCUGGUUUAAUUAUAUCAGAGAUGACAUUUUAAGUUAGCUUAAAGAUAGGCGAUGUAGAAGUGUUGCUGUUGGAAUAAUGAGGUAUUUUUUUUUCAUUUUCUGAUCAGUGUAUAAAUUGAAAUACCCUCCCAGCCCUGAAGGGUUAGCAGAAAGUGAACAUCAUAUGGGACCCAAAUGCUUCUAAUAAUUUUACAAGAGUGCCCGUACUAUCUGAAGGGAUGCAUUUCAUCCAUGCCUUUCAAUAGGAAACGUUUUGAUGUUUUAUGGGCUUUUUGAGUGCAGAUGAAAAGUAAAGUUCUGUGGCAGAACGUUAAUCCUUGCAUUCUCUGGAAUUACUUUUGUACCUCGGCUCCUAAAUCUAUACAGGGCAUUACACAGACGUUAAAGAGAGUAGUUACAUGGGGGUUUUUAGAGGCUCAUGAACAGUAUUCCAGAAGUCACCUCGAUCAUAACAUUGGGAAUAAAGCUUCUCUUGUUUUGUUUAGACAGAUCUGUGUGCUAGCAUGUAACUAGCUUUAUCUAGCAGGUGUAAGUUGCAUUUCUUACUCUCCUGUUAACAGCUAGCAAAACUGUUACUUACUUGAUAACCAAAGACGAACUGAAGUUUCAGCUUAAAGGAAGCAGAACAUUUUCCGGUAAUUAAAAAAUCAUAGAUGAAAUACACUUUUCUUCAUUCUGAAUAAAAAAUGCUGUUAAAUGUUAAUACUAAAUGUGUGGAGGGGGGGACGGUGGAAGGAAUCGAGGGUGGCAGCAGUGACAGAAUGUUUACUAAAGCAGUGCUGCACAUUGUGGUGCUGUUUCGAAUAAUGAAAGGCUUACUGAAAUCAACAGCACGUUUUCCAGUCAGCACACACAGCACUGUUGCGAUGACAAGCCUCAGUCACGAGAGUAGCAUCCACAUUUCACAGGCUUUUACCUUCUCAUUUCAGAGUCCUUCUGCCAGCAUUUGCCACCAGCUGUAGAGCCAAUGUGAUUCUAGACGUAAAGAGGCUUCACAGGAGUUUGAGUUGGUAUGAUUUUGAUUUCAGCUUGGAAAGUGAUAAAUGUGACUGGAAACAUUUCAAAAACCAAACUCUUCUGUGCCACGUAGUGUGAAAAUGAAGUAAAACUUUUAUUAGGGAUCUAAACUGUACUUACUGUUUCCUUGGUGGCUUACGAAGUUCAGUGAUGCAAUUUUUCCAAACCAGUGUUAUCCUUUAAUACCAAAGCAUGAACUCGUGUAAUGUGCAGUUCGAUCAUUCAGAGCCACAAGUUUGCCUCUUAGCUUGUAAGCAGAGGUCUCGCUGUAACUGUGGUGACUUCAUUUGGAGAGAAGUCAUGAGCCUCAUGAAUAACAGCUUUUUUUUUUGUUUUAUGGCAAAGCCUCUUUACUUGUGCUGUGUAUGUGCUUGGGAAUAGUGCUCGUAAACUGGAAGAACUGAUCUUGAAUUCCUUACCUUGCAUGCAGCAUUUCUAAUUCUAGUUGUCUGCCUCAACUAAGGAGAAUCACAGAACAGUUUGAGUCAGAAGGGAUCUUUAAAGGUCAUCCAGUCCAACCCCCCUGCGUGAGCAGGGACAUAUUCAACCAGAUCAGGUUGCGUAGAGCCCUGUUCAACCUGACCUUGAAUGUUUCCAGGGAUGGGGGCUUCUACCACCUCUCUGGGCAACCUAUGCCAGUGUUUCACAACCCUUAGUAUAAAAAAAAUGUCUUACAUCUAGUUUGAAUCUACGCUUUUUGAGUUUAAAGCCAUUAAAAAGUCUGGUCCCAUCUUUCUUAUAAGCCCCGUUGAAGCACUGGUAGGCUGCUCUAAGGUCUCCCUGAAUGCUUCUCUUCUCCAGGCUGAACAACCCCAACUCUCUAAGCCUGUCCUCAUAGCAGAGGUGCUCCAGCCCACUCAUCAUCUUCAUGGCCACUUCUGGACAUAUGCCAACAGGUCCGUGUUCUUCCUGUGCUAAGGACUUCAGAAUUCCAGGUAGGAGUGAAGCAGAGGGACAGAAUCGCCUCCCUCGACCUGCUGGCCACGCUGCUUCUAAUGCAACCCAGGAUCCUGUUGGCUUUCUGGGCUUUUUGACAGCCUGUGGGCAGGCACAACUCUUCUGAAGAGAUGGAGUAGCUCUGAAGCUCUUGGGUU